UGAAGUCAGUACAAUAGACGGAGGAUACACUGCUCCCAUCUGUCAGGGCGGUACUAUCAACCUGCCUGAUAAUGCAGACACUGACAAAAGGUAUCUGUAUGUAAAGGACUAAACUAUGCCGGUGUGUCGGGGAUGAUGGGCGGGCUGGUCCGCUUGCACGCUGGAAGCCCCGCCCGUUAGCCGUGCGUCUCCUCAGUCCUCAUUCAAAACAGAGCACAGCUGUUGCGAGGCGCAUCGUCGUGUCCUGAAUGUUAGCCUAAGAACUGUUAGCUGUCUGCUGCUGUCUUCUGUUUGCCUCUGAUGUGCCCACUGGAAUAUCAGAAGGAGAAAGAAGAAGACGGCGCACUUCGGCUUCCAGCUUAAAGAAGAAUCCUUCGGUAAAAUGAGGUUGAGGUGAUAAGGACAGGAGAUGAGCAGCGUAAGGAGGACAUGCAGUAUGGAGCUGGAGACCUGUUUUCAGGGCCACUGGAAACAGGAAUGUGAAGGACGGCAGGAGUCAGCCUCAGAGAAAGACGGGACUCGAUAGACUAACACAGCUAUACAGAACAACAGGCUAACCUCAUGACCAGCACUAUGCGCAUCUGACACACAACUAGGGCCGGUCGGGCUUUGCUGCAGCUGAGGAUGAUGAAUGGUCUCCUGCGCUAGAUUUAGAUGGUGAGGGAAUGAUGGACCUCCCUAAUGGUCAAUCAGGCAUCACCACCACUGCUGCAACAGUCUCUGAGAAGAGCAGCAGCUCAGAAUCUCUUAGUGAUAAGGGUUCUUCAGACCUGAAGAAGAGUUUUGAUGCUGUCGUGUUUGAUGUGCUGAAGGUCACCCCUGAAGAAUAUGCAGGUCAGAUUACGCUCAUGGAUGCUCCUGUGUUCAAAGCCAUCCAGCCAGAGGAGCUGUCAAGUUGCGGCUGGAACAAGAAGGAGAAGCACAGCUCUGCUCCAAAUGUUGUGGCCUUCACUCGCAGGUUCAACCAGACGAGUUUCUGGGUGGUACGAGAGAUUCUCCACGCCCAGACGUUGAAGAUCAGAGCUGAGGUGCUGAGUCUGUACAUUCGCACUGCCAAGAAACUGUGUGACAUGAACAACCUCCAUGCGGUCAUGGCUGUGGUGUCAGCCUUACAAAGUGCUCCCAUCUUCAGACUUACCAAAACAUGGGCGUUACUGAGUCGAAAGGAUAAGGCAACGUUUGAUCGGCUCGAUUACCUAAUGUCCAAAGAAGACAACUACAAACGUCUGAGAGACUUCAUAAGCAGCCAGAGCAUGGUCUCCUGCAUACCAUACCUAGGGAUGUUCCUUUCUGAUCUGACGUAUAUAGACUCGGCCUACCCCUCCACAGGCAGCAUAUUGGAAAACGAACAGAGGUCAAACCUGAUGAACAACAUUCUCAGAAUCAUAUCGGACCUGCAGAGAUCCUGUACCUAUGAUAUACCAGUGUUGCCUCAUGUACAGAAGUAUCUCAACUCAGUGAGGUAUAUCGAGGAACUGCAGAAGUUUGUGGAGGACGACAAUUAUAAGUUGUCGCAGAAGAUUGAGCCAGGCACCAGCACACCACGAGCAAACGCCUCCAAGGAAGAUCUUGCAGGCCAGGAAGCGUCAGCAUCUCCUCUCUGUGGCCGUAAAUGUACGGUAUCAGCUGAAGGAACCAAAGUCCCGGCCACACCGCCCUCCCCUAGGAACCUGCUGCCCUAUGGACACAGGAAGUGCCACAGCCUGGGCUACAAUUUUAUCCAUAAGAUGAAUACCGUAGAGUUUAAAAGUGCUACGUUCCCAAAUGCUGGUUCUCGCCAUCUACUGGACGACAGUGUCAUGGAGAGCCACAGUCCCACUCGAGGACAAGCAGAGAGCUCAACUCUGUCCAGCGGUAUUUCACUUGGGAGCAGCGAGGGCUCUGAGCUCAGCGAAGAGGUGUCUUGGCCUGCGUUUGAGAGGACUCGCUUCUAUCACUCUCUGGGCCCAGUGACCCGUGUGGCCCGCAUCCCCUACAGAGGAGUCCUGAGGCCCAGCAGCUCAGCGGAAUCAGAGGAGCUUGCAGUUCACUUGUAUCCUGGAGCGGUCACAGUGCAGGGGGUGCUGAGGCGGAAGACUGUGCUCAAGGAGGGCAAGAAACCAACAGUGGCGUCCUGGACCAAAUACUGGGUUGCUCUUUGUGGCUCCCAGCUCUACUACUAUCCUGCCAAGUCUCUAAAGGCCACGGAGAGAAAACAUUUCAAGUCAACAUCCAGUAAGAGCGUGUGUGUGGUGGGUCUAAUGGCCAUGAUGGCUGACGAUCCCGAGCAUCCUGAUGUCUUCUUGCUGACGGACUCUGAACAUGGUAACACCUACAAGUAUCAGGCAGGGAACAGAAUGAACGCUUUGCUCUGGUUCAAACAUUUGAGUGCUGCCUGUCAGAGCAAUAGACAACAGGUGCCAGCCAAUCUGAUGUCAUUUGAGUGAGUGAUGCUGAUGAGUAAAAGAGAGAGGGAUGAGGAACCAGACAGAUGAGGAUGAGGAGUAUUGACUCAGUAGUGGGAGCUUUCACUGCCAUGAGCCCUGACCGCUGAUUCUCCGAUUCUUGCCCUGGCCUCACUGCAGCUUCCCCUGCCACCACUGCCUUAACCAGAGUACCCCGUGUGUGUGUGUGUGUGUGUGUGUGUGAGAGAGAGAGUAAAAGAGAGAAUGCGAGUCUGUGCGUGCAUGUGUGAAAUGGAUGUACUGACUACUGAACAAGGACCUGCACCACUGCUCUUGUCUCCCAUUUGCUCUCAGUGUUGUUUUGUUUUUUGGUUUUUUUUGUUGUUUUGUUGUUUUUUUUUUUGCUAUUCAGCACUUCAGCAGAGCCAUUGAACUUCUACCCUCUUGUCCACAGGCAGACUGUCCUGGCACGACAGAAAUAAUCUUAUUCUAUAUUUUGUUUUUUGUUUUUUUAUUAUUAAUAUUAUGGGGCUAACUAUUUUUAUUUAUGUCCUCGAAAUGCUCAAAUGCAAGACUCCUCCUCGCCUUUUUAAUCUGCUGGAUACACGCUUAAGUCGGAGUAACCCAUUGGACAUUGAAGGGUUUGAAAACACUUUUUUUUUUUUUUUUUUUUUAACUUACUCGGUUCACACUUUCAAUUGUUGGUCUCUUCACUCACUUGAGUUAACUUGGAGAUGAUAUACAUGAUC